AACAAAACUUGCAACUACUCUCUUCACACCUUAAAAUUUAAAACCAUGCUUUCAGGUAGCACAAGAAAGAGUUGAAAACUUCAAAUUAUUCUGAUGGAGCAAGAACCUGUUCUUUCUCAUUCCCACAACCACUUCCACUUCUCCAUCUUCCUCAAACUCCUCAACAACAAUCUCACUCAUUUUUGUUCUCGUAUUCGCUGGCCACGACGGCGUCGUUCCAAAUCCAAGCUACUCAUCAAGAGGUUCGGCAAGACCCUCCCCAAACCUCAAUACGACCCAACUACCGAACCUGCAUCUCCCAAACCAAUACGAAUCGCAACGUUCAACGCAGCACUCUUCUUCAUGGCACCGGCGCUUCCUGAAGCAGAGAAAAGCGUCACGUGGGAAGAGAGCCUGGGAAGGCCAAAGUCAACACAGGAAGGACCGAGAAGCAUUCUGAAGCAAACGCAAUCUCCGGUGAACGGUAGGUCGAAAUUGAGAGUGUCGAUAAAUUUACCGGAGAACGAGAUAUCGGUGCGGCAAUCGUGGAGUUUCUCGGAACACGAGAGAAAAGGGUGGAGAAUGGUGGAGGGAGGAGCAGAGAGAGAGAGACAGAGAAGAACGGUGGUUGAAGUUCUGAGAGAGUUAAACGCCGACGUUUUGGGUCUGCAAGAUGUGAAAGCCGAUGAAGAGAAUGAGAUGAAGCCUUUGUCGGAUUUGGCUCGUGCUCUUGGCAUGAACUACGUCUUCGCUGAAAGCUGGGCACCUCAAUACGGCAACGCCGUUUUGUCUAAGUGGCCCAUUAAACGCUGGAAACUACACAAACUCUUCGAUCACACCGAUUUCAGGAAUGUUCUCAAGGCCACUAUCGAUGUGCCCCAAGCAGGUGAAUUCAACUUUUACAGUACCCACCUUGAUCAUCUUGAUGAGAAUUGGCGGAUGAAGCAGAUAAAUGCAAUAAUUCAAUCUAAUGAUGAACCGCACAUUUUAGCUGGAGGCCUUAAUUCAUUAGAUGAAUCAGAUUAUUCCCAAGAAAGAUGGACAGAUAUUGUUAAGUACUAUGAAGAGAUGGGAAAGCCAACACCAAAGGUUGAAGUGAUGAAAUAUCUAAAAAGCAGAGACUACACAGAUGCUAAGGACUUUGCAGGGGAAUGUGAGUCUGUUGUCAUGGUUGCCAAAGGCCAAAGUGUCCAAGGGACAUGUAAGUAUGGAACUCGGGUAGAUUACAUAUUAUCAUCUUCAGAUUCUCCAUAUAAAUUCGUUCCUGGGUCCUAUUUAGUCCUUUCUUCCAAAGGGACUUCAGAUCAUCACAUAGUGAAAGUUGAUGUGGUAAAAGUAAGUAACAGUCCUCAAGAAAAUAUGAUAAAGAAGCAGCGACAACCAAGACAAAAAUUUGUAAGAAUAAAGCAAUCAACUCCAUCAAAUUGUAUAUGGAAAACUGACACUGGAGAUAUAGAUUGAAUUAUUUUCUUUCCACCUCCUUUUAGAU